CUGGUUAAUGUGUUUUGAAAGGAUGAAGAUCCUAUUGCUUUUAUUCGUCUUUGCCUCUUUGACAUGGCAAAGUUUAUACGCUGCUACAACCUUAACAAAAAGACAAAGCUGCGGCAGUGGAGGAUGCGGUGCUGAACCUAUUACAAGUCCAUGUUUCGGUGGUGGAUGCGGUUCUCAACCUAUUCCAAGUCCAUGUUCGGGCGGUGGUUGCAAUUCAUGCCCUGGAGGAAAUUGUGGUACUCCUUGCAGUGGCAUAGGGUGCACAGGUCAACAACCUGCUCCGAUUCGUACAUGUUCCUCUUGUAUUAGCGGGUGCUCAAACAGAUGCUCUUCGAACCAGUGUGUCAACAACUGCUUAGGUUCUUGCAGCUGUGAUAAUGAACGUAUCGUUAAUACAAAUACUAAUCAAUGCUGCGAUGUCCUACAUCCUAAAAACUGUUUCACUGAUGACUACGGAUCUAGAAGAUGCGUGGUCAGACGACAUAGAGAAUGUUCCGAUCUUUGCAGCUCUUCGGUAGUAUCCCUUCAACAAACAGAAGGAGCUUCAACGGGAUGUCAUUACAUACGAAACUAUCCUUAUGUGUACUGUGGAAAUUACGAAAGACAGAAUUGUGGCCAGUGUUAUAACUGCGAUGGAGGGUACAAUCCAGGGGGGUGUUCGAGAAGACCCGAGUGUACACAAGGGUGUAGAGAUGUACUACCUAGGAAUCUGAAUGGAUAGAAUGGAACUACAUACUAUUAUAAAAAUAAAAAUAUUCAUAUUCAACAUACAAAACUGUUUUUUCUUCAAUUACAGUUUGUUUAUAACGUUAUAAAUUUUCAUUUCAGAAGGGUUAUAAAAUAAUAUUAACAAUAAGUGGCUCAUAUCUAAAACCGCACACUUAGGGACUAACUUUUUUCCAAAU